AUGGCUACCACCACGGCACCUCCCCCAGGCUGUGGAGACAUUGACCCUGUUUAUUACUUCCUCUGUGACAUCUGUGAAGCCUGGGGCAUCGGUUUGGAGACUGUGGCUGCUGCAGGCAUCCUGGCCUCUCUGGUUCUCCUCUUGGUGUUCUUCAUAGGUGCUUGUAUGGUCAAGGACAAAAACAAGAAAAAUAUGGUUCCCAUUCAGGUCCUCUUCAUUCUGGGCACCCUGGGAAUCCUUGGCCUCACGUUUGCAUUCAUCAUCCAGCUCAAUUCGAAGACUGGUCCGACACGCUUCAUCUUAUUUGGGGUCCUCUUUGCUCUUUGUUUUUCCUGCCUUUUGAUCCAUGCCUUCAACCUCAUCAGGCUGGUGAGAGGAAAGCCCCCCUUCUCGCAGCUAUCAAUGCUGGUACAUGCUUUGGGCCUGACAUUUGUUCAGGUUAUCAUCGCUAUCAAAUAUGUCAUCAUCACGGUAGUAAGAGAUGGCAUUGACUUGGUUAGAAUGGGGAGAGAGCAACGCAACAAGGACUUUGUCCUUCUUCUGAUCUAUGUGCUCGUCUUAAUGGCCGUUGCCUUCAUCAUCUCCAUGUUCACCUUCUGUGGACCUUACAAAGGCUGGAAGAGGCAUGGGAUCCACAUCUUUGUCACUCUUCUCUUCUCCAUAGUCAUCUGGGUUGCAUGGAUAAGUGUGCUUCUCCUGGGUGGCCUGCCUGAUGAAGGUGCAGAAAGCAGGUGGGAUGACCCCCUCCUUGGCGUUGCUCUGGUGCUAAAUGGAUGGGUUUUCCUGAUGAUGUAUGCAGUGCCUGAGAUCUGCUUUCUUGCUACCCCAUGCCAGCCCAGGAACUAUCCUCCAGAAAAGUCCACAGCCACGCAGCGAAGUAUUGAAGCAGCAAGUACUCAAGCUCCAGAUAAAGAAGGAGCUGAGGAAGAUGUUUUGCUCCCCAGAAAGGGGAACUGUUUUCAGCCAAAGAACCUUGAAUCCAAACCACAUAUCUUGAUCCCACGAGCAAUGCUCCAUCCAGCACGCAGGCAGGAUGUAAUGGCGGCCUCUGAAGACAAGGGAACAACCUCAGGUGUACACUGA